AUCUACAAGAGCUACAGCGGGAUCGAGUACCACCUCUACCACUAUGACCACGACAACCCCCCGCCGCCCCAGCACACCCCCCUGCGCAAGCACAAGAAGAAGGGGCGACAGGCCCGCGCCGCCAACAAGCAGUCGCCCAACCCCUCCGAGCCCUCCCAGUCACCCGGCCGUGAGGUGAUGACCUACGCCCAGGCCCAGCGCAUGGUGGAGGUGGACCUGCACGGCCGUGUCCAUCGCAUCAGCAUCUUCGAUAACCUCGAUGUGGUGUCCGAGGAUGAGGAAGUUCCCGAGGAGGUGCCCGAGAACGGCAGCAAUAAGGAGAACACGGAGACCCAGAGCGUCCCACCCAAGUCCGGCAAGCACAAGAACAAGGAGAAGCGCAAGGACUCCAACCACCAUCACCACAAUGCCUCGGCCGGCACCACCCCCAAGCUCCCCGAGGUGGUGUACCGGGAGCUGGAGCAGGACACCCCCGACGCCCCGCCUCGCCCCACCUCCUACUACAGGUAUAUCGAGAAGUCAGCUGAGGAGCUGGAUGAGGAGGUGGAGUACGACAUGGAUGAGGAAGAUUACAUCUGGCUGGACAUCAUGAAUGAGCGUCGGAAGACCGAAGGCGUGAGUCCCAUUCCCCAGGAGAUCUUUGAGUACCUGAUGGACCGGCUGGAGAAGGAAUCCUACUUCGAGAGCCACAACAAGGGUGAUCCCAACGCCUUGGUGGAUGAGGACGCCGUCUGCUGCAUCUGCAACGAUGGGGAGUGUCAGAACAGCAACGUCAUCCUCUUCUGCGACAUGUGCAACCUGGCCGUGCACCAGGAGUGCUACGGGGUGCCCUACAUCCCAGAGGGACAGUGGCUGUGCCGACGGUGCCUGCAGUCACCCUCGCGGGCCGUGGACUGCGCCCUCUGCCCCAACAAGGGGGGGGCCUUCAAGCAGACGGACGAUGGGCGCUGGGCACACGUGGUCUGUGCCCUCUGGAUCCCAGAGGUGUGCUUUGCCAACACCGUCUUCCUGGAGCCCAUCGACAGCAUCGAGCACAUCCCGCCCGCCCGCUGGAAGCUGACCUGUUACAUCUGCAAGCAGCGCGGCUCCGGCGCUUGCAUCCAGUGUCACAAAGCCAACUGCUACACGGCCUUCCACGUCACCUGCGCCCAGCAGGCCGGGCUGUACAUGAAGAUGGAGCCUGUCCGGGAGACGGGGGCCAACGGCACCUCCUUCAGCGUGCGCAAAACUGCCUACUGCGACAUCCACACGCCGCCGGGCUCCGUGCGCAGGCUGCCCGCCCUCUCCCACAGCGAGGGGGAAGAGGAGGACGAGGAGGAGGAGGAGGAGGGCAAGGGUUGGAGCUCUGAGAAAGUCAAAAAAGCAAAGGCCAAGUCUAGGAUCAAAAUGAAGAAGGCGCGAAAGAUCCUGGCGGAGAAACGAGCUGCGGCGCCCGUGGUUUCUGUGCCCUGCAUCCCCCCACACAGGCUCAGUAAGAUUACAAACCGUUUAACCAUCCAGAGGAAGAGCCAGUUCAUGCAGAGGCUGCACAGCUACUGGACUCUGAAGAGACAGUCCCGCAACGGCGUCCCUCUGCUCCGCCGCCUUCAGACACACCUGCAGUCACAAAGAAACUGCGACCAGAGAGACACUGAGGAUAAGAACUGGGCCCUGAAGGAGCAGCUGAAGUCAUGGCAGCGCCUCCGCCAUGACCUAGAGCGUGCACGCUUGCUGGUGGAGCUGAUACGCAAGCGGGAGAAGCUCAAGAGAGAGACGAUCAAAGUGCAGCAGGUGGCUCUGGAGAUGCAGCUGACCCCCUUCCUCAUCCUCCUCCGCCAGACGCUUGAGCAGCUGCGGGAGAAAGAUACGGGCAACAUCUUCAGCGAGCCGGUCCCUCUGUCUGAGGUCCCAGACUACCUGGAUCACAUCAAGAAGCCGAUGGAUUUUCAGACAAUGAAACAAAACCUGGAAGCCUAUCGCUAUCUGAAUUUUGAUGACUUUGAGGAGGAUUUCAACCUGAUCAUUAACAACUGUUUGAAAUACAAUGCCAAAGACACAAUCUUCUACCGGGCAGCCAUCCGUCUGCGGGAGCAGGGAGGUGCUGUUCUCCGGCAGGCUCGCCGGCAGGCUGAGAAGAUGGGCAUUGACUUUGAGACAGGCAUGCACUUCCCCCACUGUGUGACAGUGGAAGAGGCUCAGGUCCAAGACAUCGAGGACGAAGACGUGCGGCUACUGCUCUCAGAAAAUCAGAAGCACCUGCCCUUGGAGGAGCAGCUAAAGAUCUUGCUGGAGCGGCUGGAUGAGGUCAAUGCCAGCAAGCAGAGCAUAGGACGGUCUCGCCGGGCCAAGAUGAUCAAGAAGGAGAUCACGGUGCUGCGGCGGAAGCUGGCUCACCCGCGGGACCUGGGCCGAGACGGGCAGGAGCGGCACGGCUCCGCCCGGGGAGUCCUGCAGUCGCACAACCCCUGCGAGAAGGACCUGCAGACGGACAGCGCCGCCGAGGAGAGCAGCAGCCAGGAGACUGGCAAAGGUCUGGGUCCCAAUUCUUCUUCCACUCCAGCACAUGAAGUGGGCAGGAGAACCUCAGUGCUCUUCUCCAAGAAGAACCCUAAGACCGCAGGCCCUCCAAAGCGACCGGGACGCCCCCCGAAGAAUCGCGACAGCCAGAUCACUCCCGGGCACGGGAACAGCCCCAUCGGGCCCCCCCAGCUCCCGAUCAUGGGCUCGUCCCAGCGGCAGAGGAAGCGAGGGCGAAGCCCGCGGCCCAGCUCCAGCUCGGACAGCGACAGCGAUAAAUCUGCCGAGGACGCUCCCAUGGACCUGCCAGCCAAUGGUUUCAGCAGCGGGAACCAGCCGGUGAAGAAGAGCUUCCUGGUGUACCGCAACGACUGCAAUCUUCCCCGGAGCAGCUCCGACUCGGAGUCCAGCAGCAGCAGCAGCAGCAGCGCCGCCUCGGACCGUACCAGCACAACGCCCUCCAAGCAGGGCCGAGGGAAACCCUCCUUCUCCCGAGUGAACUUCCCAGAGGACAGCAGUGAGGACACCUCGGGAACAGAGAACGAGUCCUACUCUGUGGGCACAGGGCGAGGCGUGGGGCAUGGCAUGGUGCGCAAGGGCAUGGGGCGUGGCACGGGGUGGCUCUCCGAGGAUGAGGACUCCUCGCUGGAUGCCCUGGACCUGGUGUGGGCUAAGUGCCGGGGCUACCCCUCCUACCCGGCGCUGAUCAUCGACCCGAAGAUGCCGCGGGAAGGCAUGUUCCACCACGGUGUCCCCAUCCCCGUGCCCCCCAUGGAGGUGCUGAAGCUGGGGGAGCAGAUGACUCAGGAAGCACGCGAGCACCUCUACCUUGUCCUCUUCUUCGACAACAAGCGCACUUGGUAA